UGCAGCUUCUAAAAUAUUAACUUAUCCAAUUACCAUGGCUGCUAUAUUACAUAGAUUUUCACCUUAUGCUUUUGAACCUAAGGGACCAGUUACUUUAGAAGGGUUAAGAUCAUUAUCUGCAUUACGUUAUACUUUAUACCCACCAUAUGCCAAGGGAAGAGAAUCCGAAAAUGCUUUCAAAGAAAGACCAAUGAGAAUUUUCAUUGUUGGUGCUAUGAUGGAAUCAAUGUUACCAGGUUUUGUUUGGAAACAAUUUGGUUAUUUAUUCCCAACUACCAAGUUUGAAAUUCAUUUAAUAGGUCCCGAAUCAUACUUUGAUAAUACAAAUAGAGUCUUCAGUUCUCCAGAACAGCAACACGGCCGUCCAUUGGUUGAAAAUUAUGAUCAUCAAAUUUCCAUUUUCCACCAUGGUAAAUUCUUUCAUGAAAUUUAUGAUACUGGUGAUUUGUUCCCAUUUGAUCCUUAUUUAGAUGUCUUUUUCUUAUUCCACCCAGGUUUCUCCACUGCCGAUUCGGUUCAUUGGAAUAAAACUUUGAAAGGUUUAUUAGAAUCCAAAUGUGCCGUUUACGUCUCGGGUUAUCACGAAGUCGAUAUGAAGAGGGAAUACGAUUGGUUAAUGAAUCAUGAAUUGAAAGACGAAAUUGAUAUCCUUAUGAAACCCGGCGCAAACAGAUUCGGCUGUACCAAAUUAGACUUGGUUGAUAUCAAUCCAACCGAGAUUUACCAAGCUAAUAGUGAUAUUAUGGGUUUUAGAGGUAAGAGAUAUCACGCUAUCAAGGCCUAAACAAAAGCCAAAUUUUUUUUUUAAAAAAAGGGACUCACAGGCACACUAAAUAGUUGUUUCUUGUAAAUAGUACUACUGUAUAAACAUAAAUUCAAUCUUCAUUUGGAAGAGGAAAC